AUGCCAGAGAAAACUGUGAUUCAGCAGCAGGCUGUCCAAAGCCCGCCGAAAACGGGUCGAGGCCCCGUCAGCUGCCAGAACUGUGGAAAGCCUUGCAAAGGCGAGGCCCUAAGAGUCCAAAAUAAACACUUCCACAUCAAGUGCUUUGUUUGUAAAGUAUGCGGAUGCGAACUGGCCAACGGAGGCUUCUUCCUGCGACAGGGGGAGUACAUGUGCACUCAGGACUACCAGCGUCUGUACGGGACUCGUUGCUUCAGUUGCCAGGACUUCAUCGAAGGAGAGGUGGUUUCCGCUUUGGGGAAGACCUACCACCCCCACUGCUUUGUCUGCGCUUCCUGCAAGCAGCCAUUUCCGGCUGGUGAACGAGUGACUUUUAACGGGAAGGAUUGUAUCUGCCAAAGCUGUACUCAGCCUCUUCCUCCGAACAGCCCUGCACCCAUCCAGGCCGUCCACAACUGCUGCGGCUGCGGGAAGGAGUUUAAGAACGAACAGUCCCUCGUAGCCCUGGACAAGCACUGGCACCUGGGCUGCUUCAAGUGUAAAGUGUGCAACAAGGUCCUAAACGCCGAGUACAUUAGCAAGGACGGGAUUCCCUUUUGCGAGAUGGACUACCACGCCAUGUUUGGCAUCCAGUGCGAGAGCUGUAAGAAGUACAUCACUGGAAAAGUCCUGGAGGCUGGAGAGAAGCACUAUCAUCCGUCAUGUGCUCGCUGUGCCCGUUGCGAGCAGAUGUUUGCAGAAGGAGAGGAGAUGUAUCUCCAAGGAUCUUCAAUCUGGCAUCCCCCUUGCAGACAAGCUGCCAAGCAGGAAGAGAAGAGUAAGGUGACCCGGACUUCGUCUGAAAGCAUCACAUCCGUCCCGGCGUCCAGUGCCUCAGGCUCUCCCAACAGAGUCAUUUUCGCGAAGCUGGGAGAAGAGACGCUGGACUACAAGGACUUGGCAGCCCUUCCGAAAACCAAGGCCAUCUACAACAUUGACCGACCGGAUAUGCUGUCGUACUCGCCCUACGUCAGCUACCCGUCUGAAGAGAGGCACUACGGCGAGGGCGAAGGGGAGAAGUCACCCUGUCAGCACAGGCCCUCCAGCCCCAGUUCCAAUAGCUCCAUGGGGGGCUACGGACGUUACACUCCGUCCCGAUCCCCUCAGAACAACAGCCGACCAGGACCAGAAGUGGAGUGCCCGGCUACACUGGGCCCACUCUCGGGUGGUGUCAAGUUCACCUCCAGCUUGGCCAGGGCAGUGUCCCCUUCCGUCCCCGUGCAGCAUUCCCAGGGCACCGAAGGUUGUAGCAGUCCCGGUAGCGCCACACCGUGGGGUAUGGGUAGAGGUGUGUCGUUACACCUGAACCCCACCACGUUGUCCAUGCUGCAGCAGCACAACUUCAUCCCUUACUUCCGAGGUAGCGAAAGUGGUCGGAGUACUCCCAGUUUAUCCACCUAUUCUGAUGGCAAAUCCCCGUCGUCCACUUCCACGUACAUGGCUGCCCCUCGCCAUUUCCACAUACCAGAGACUGAAGUCAAAGAUAAUAUCUAUAGAAAACCCCCCAUCUACAAACAGCAUGUUUCCAGGACUUCCUGGCAGGACGGCGACGACAGCAAGCGGCCCAGUUGGAUGAUAUCAAAGAGCGACAUUGAUAGCCAGACGGGUCCUGAAGACCACCACCCGUCGUCCAAGUCCACCUGCAGUUUGCCACUGAAUACAUGUCAGCCAAAUUUUCCUCAUUAUAAAUCUGCAUCUUUACCGGGUUAUGGAAGAAACGGCAUUUACAAGGCUGCUGAGAUGGUCGAGGAUGAAGCCGAUCCAGAUUCUCAAAGUUGGGGAGGCAUGAGAGAGUAUAAGGUGUACCCUUACGAAAUGUUGGCGGUCACCAAUCGGGUUAAAGUCAAGCUUCCCAGAGACAUUGAUCGCACCCGACUGGAGCGCCACCUCUCACCCGAAGAUUUCCAGAGGGUGUUCGGAAUGACUCUGGAUAUAUUUGAACGUCUGGCCCUGUGGAAGAGGAACGACUUGAAGAAGAGGGCUCGCCUGUUUUAG